GGUACCUACCCUUACCUAUCCUACGUAAGGCCUAACCUGUGGGAUGCCUGUGGGCCUAACUUUAUUCUCAUAAAAUAUUUUUGUUGAUAAUUGAAGAAUUAACAACUAUUUUAAUUUGACUAUCGACUGUAGUAUUAUAUCCAGCGGUGUUUGUAUAGAUCAUCAGGUACGGAAUAAGGCAUAUAAUGGAUGACACAGAAAGCACUACUACAUCGGCUGACGAGAACACUGGUAACUUAUGCGAUAAUCCCACGAGAGAUACUCUAGCUGAAGGCUUACUUGGUGUUUUAAAACCUAAAGUUGACCAACUCGACGACAGAGUUAGAGCUACAAGGAUAUGUCAAAUAGAACUUAAACAACGGAUAGAUUCAUUAAAUGAAGAAUUACAGAGAGUUCAAGAAGCUCUGAACAAUCACCCAGAUUUAGAUCCUUAUGUGAAAAAACUAAUAGCUUGCAAGCAUAAAGUGACUGUUGUUCUGAAUGUAUUACAAGCAUCACAGGAUAGACUAAAUGAAAUACGACAAAUGAUAAACAAAGAAAAGACGGUCCGUACAGUGCCCGAGGUAAUCAGUGAGCCAGAACAGAGUACCAGUAGUGUGGUCACCAGUCAAGGGAGCAUAAAUUAGCACAAUGGAGACCCC